GGAAGUGUCUCGAGGAGUGGUCACAUCCAGCAGGCCCCCGGGUGCGGUCACGGAACCACCUGCUCAGAGCUCUGCUGGAACUCUGGGCAGAGCCCGGUCAGGCCUUGGUUCAAGAACACGACAACCCGCAGAUCACCUUUCUCCUGCUCAGACUGUGGCCGCAACUUCAGCUACCCCUCCCUCCUGGCCACCCACAGGCGGGUCCACUCCGGGGAGCGGCCCUUCCCCUGUGACCAGUCGGCCCGUUUCUCCCAGCGCGAGGACCUGCUCCAGCAUCAGCUCAUCCACACAGGGGAAAAGCCCUACUCCUGCCCUGAUUGUGGGCGACGUUUCCGCCAGAGGGGCUCCCUGGCCAUCCGCAGACGGGCUCACACCGGGGAGAAGCCCUACCCAUGCCCAAACUGCGAAAGUCGCUUCACUUACCCCUACCUGCUAGCCAUCCACCAGCGCACACACACAGGCGAGAAGCCCUACAGCUGUCCGAGCUGCAGCCUCCGUUUCGCCUACAGCUCCCUGCUGGCCAUCCACAGGCGCACCCACACAGGCGAGAAGCCCUACCCCUGUCCAGACUGUGGCCGCCGGUUCCCCUACUCCUCUCUCCUCCUCAGUCACCAGCGCAUUCACUCGGAAAACCGGCCCUUCCCCUGUCCACAGUGUGGGAAGGGCUUUAAGCGCAAGUAUGCCUUGGAAGCCCACCAGUGGAUCCAUCGCUCUGGCAAGAGGCCGAGGUGGCAGCGGCCUGCAGUAGGGCUCUCGGAGCCAGUGCUUGUUUUGGGAGGCCAGGAUCCCCCAGUUCAUUUCCGGUGCUUUCCAGAUAUAUUUCAAGAAUGUGGGUGAUGGAGCUCGCCAGAGAUGACCUGUUUUCUUUGGAAGGGAAAAGGCAAAGUUGAUGUAUUUGGGGGAUAAGGAAUGGAUGGAAAGGAAGUAAGCACUUAAGGCAAACAAAGCUCUGAGUUAAGGGGGCACAGAGCUGGUCCUUCGGGAGGAGGAGGGAAUCUGAAAGGUCACCUGAAGGCUGAACCCAUUUUCUGAGGCUCUCGCUCCCCCUUCCAAGUCCCACUUGGAGUUUCUUCGCAGGAAAUCAUUCACCUACCUGGCUUUUCUCCCUGGACUGUUCUCUCCCUCAGAGGAUCCUGCUUUCUGGUCUGUGUCUCUCCUGUUCCUCAGAGAUGGGGCCCCUCGGUGCAAGAACCCAUUCAAGGAGCCCAUAUACAUUCUGAGUAUCCCCUGGAACAGAAGGGACACCUUGGGCCUAUCCUCAGUAGGGGAAGCUCACCCAAGGAUUCUUCUAGCCAGGGUCGAUGAGACAUCUGGCAAGGAAACACAGCGUCAAGCCACUGUUGGCACUCUUGGUCUUAAAGUCCUGAAGGUGACCCCAGGGAGGAGAACAACGGCUUCGGGCGGGGAACUGUCCUGCCCUUCGCGCACAUCGCACAGAGCGCACAGAAGUGUCAAGCUUAGCUUAAAGGUUUUUUUCCCCCUCCAACUUCUAUGAAUCAGUGACUGCAGUGUUUUUCUCUUCAGAUACUUGCAUGUUGUCGGGAUUUUACACCUUCUGAAUGAAGAUGUGUUCUUGGGCCACAGCAGCUGGAAACAUAAUGCUGGCAUUUUUGUUUAAGAGAGUAAAUUACCUGCCAUUAGGCUUGAAAUCAAGGCCAAGUAUCUCCAGUCUAGUUUGUAGUGUACGCUUGUAUGUGUCAGUAGUGAAGAGGGUCUUUCUGACCCACUCGGACCUGCUAGCCGCACUUUUGAUCAGACUAUGGAAGGAAUAAGGACUUCGGUGGGACCAAGCAGAGCCGUGAGCCAGGAGCGGUCCUGGGGGACACGAGUAUCUCUGAACAAAGGACUGCUCUUGGAACCUCUGGGUUCCAAAGAUGAUUAGGAAUGGGAACUGGGUGUUAUUUUACUGAACCACAUAGCCUCUCCUGAACUAGUAGAUCUGGAUUCUGGGUUUGGCUCAGUUCCCACUCGCUGUGGGACUGUAAGCCUGUCAUUCAACCUUUCUAAGCCUUCACUGUCUCGCUUGGCUACUCCACAGGUUGUCUGAGAGAAAACCUGAAGGCACCUCCCACGAAGAACGAGUGGCCGAGCGCCCCCACGACGUCUCUACGGAAUCGCGAGUCUCUAAGUUGCUACAUUUGCUUUAUCACGUGCCGACCGCUCAGUCCGUCCCGUCUGCUCAUUUAUCUCUUAUUUUUAUUUCACGGUAAGUUGCAGGCAUCAUUAUUCUUCACUCCUGAACACUUCAACAGCAGGCUGAGAUUUAUGCAAGAAACAGCAGCUCUCCCUUAAAAUUCAAAUGUACUGGGCGCCUGGGUGGCUCGGUGGGUUAAGCCUCUGCCUUCGGCUCAGGUCAUGAUCCUGGG